AUGUCGGCCUCACUACCGGGGAACAGGGAACUUCCGGACUCUCAGUAUGAUCUGAACACGUACUGGGGCCGCGUUCGCCAUGCGGCUGGCAUCACGGAUCCGAGGACUCUGUUUGUCGGAAAAGCUGGCCUGGAGCAGGCCAAACAGGCUCUGAUAGCAUACAAGCAGGGGAGUGUCAAAGAGAUGACACCUGAACUGUGGAAGGCAAAGAAGAUUGUGGACUCAACACUUCACCCAGACAAUGGCCAACCGGUUUUCCUCCCCUUCCGCAUGUCGUGCUAUGUUCUGUCGAACUUGGUUGUCACAGCUGGAAUGCUGCAGCCAGGUCUCAGUACAACGGGGACAGUUGCCUGGCAAGUAGUUAACCAGUCUCUCAACGUCGCCAUAAACAGCGCCAACGCCAACAAGUCCUCCCCUCUUACCUUUUCCAAGCUGGCGCAAUCUUACUUUCUCGCAGUGGGAGCCUCAUGCUCCGUUGCAGUCGGACUCAACAGCCUUGUUCCGCGCUUGACCUCGCUCAAGCCUUCCACACGCCUCGUUCUCAGCCGUCUGGUCCCCUUCGCUGCCGUGGCCUCGGCCGGUGCGCUGAACGUCUUCCUCAUGCGAGGCGAGGAGAUUCGCCAGGGUAUUGACGUUUUCCCCGUGCUUUCAGAGACGGACAAGGCCAGGUUGGCGGCCGAAGGCAAGGCCGAAAGCGAGGUUCAGAGCCUGGGCAAGAGCAAGGUCGCGGCCAAGCUGGCAGUUGGCGAGACGGCGUUGUCAAGGGUGCUGAACGGCUCCCCCAUCAUGGUAAUCCCACCGCUUGUGCUGGUGCAGUUGCAAAAGACCGAGUGGCUCAAGAGGAAUCCGAGGUUGACAUUGCCUAUCAACUUGGGGCUCAUCUUGACCACCAGUUAUGCGGUACUCCCUCUCGCGCUGGCAGCUUUCCCGCAGAGACAGAAGAUCUCGGCCGACCGUCUCGAGGAGGAAUUCCACGGGCGUGGAGGAGAAGGCGGCAUGGUCGUGUUUACAAGGGGAUUGUAGUUGGGGAUCUCCGUCUCUUCGUCCGAUGGACGUGGCCGCUGCCACCCACUGCCGCUCUCUAGACUGAAUUUCCACUUACCUCACCUACCCUGAACCUAUCAAAACCUAGACACUGCUAUCCCAUAGAUAAUUCCCGAGUUUCUUUUUUUUUUGUCCCUUUUUCUUUUAUCUUUUCUUGUCAAACUUGUAGACUUUCAAGUACUGCUAGUUCGUUGCGUACGUAGUAUGUACUAGAUAAACUAUAGAUGGGACGCAACUGAAGCAGUUUUUGUACUCCAAUCAACGGUUGAAGCUUCAAGCCGGAGCAGCUUGCUAGGCGAGUCGUGCAGUGCCUUGAUAUCGAAUUGAUAUUUUGAUCGCAAAAAGAGGGCUCACUAGCCAAAAUGUUGAGUGGCGGGGAAUUCGCUACAAAGAGUUCCCCGAUGUCCUGGGUCGAAGUGGAAGAUGGGGUUUUGUUUCACACCGGAUGGGCUUUAAGAGUAACGUUGGGUGUCUCAGUACAUAUAGACUCUCGAAAAUGCCCCCGACUGGAAACCAUUCCUCCAAACUUCGUUUCCAGUUUAGUACUAGACUAAUAUCUAGGUUCCCUGGGGUAGCCUAACCUGGAAUUCCCGUUCUUAUAUGGCAGGGUGUUCGGCCACUGUCAGAGGCCGGUGGUUUUGCAGGCUUCGGACCAGUCCCGAUUCACGUCGGGUACAUGGAGAUUCGCGGUCUGAUGGGUAGUAAUCAAGGUACCAGCACCCUAUCUGUCAGGGCGACACGAGACCGGCUUGUAGUAAACCCCGUAUCCCUUCUCUGAUCAUCCCGUCAGAUUCGAUCCAUGCCCAUUCACAGUGAGCGAUAUUUUGCUUUUCCAGUGGCAGACCCAACACAGCUGCGCAUGUAAGUACCAUAAUUGCAUCGGAUACAUACAUACCUGAUUACCUCGCUCAAUUACUGAAAUCCAUAUCAUGCUGCUUUUACCAACCAACGGCCUGCUUGUCAAUGAACAAACUAAGACUUACUUGGUGAUAUGCUUUUAUUUUCUCACGAUUUGUGCGGAAGAUGGAUGGGAUGAUAAUCGAUUGAUUGC